AUGCUGUUACUUCAAACUUUGGUUGCGGCUGCAGCCGUCUGGCUCGUGUCCAGUGGGCACGCGGCCGCAGAUCCAAUUGGCACAGAUUCACGUUACUCCCAUGAGCUCAUGUUCGCAGGUGCACGAGCUAAAGCCUAUCAUGAAAGACAAAAGAGUCAAGGCUUUGGCAGUACGCUAAAUCGACGAGAAGAUUAUACUUGCAAUGCUUCCAAUCCGUGUCGAAACAAAGCUUGUUGCGGGCCUUCUGGCUUCUGUGGCUACGGUCCCGUCUAUUGCGGCACCGGAUGCGUCUCUAAUUGCAAUGCGACAGCCGAGUGCGGAAAGUUUGCCAAAGAGCCGGGGAAAAAAUGCCCGCUCAGUGUCUGCUGCAGCGAGCAUGGCUUCUGCGGUACAACGACAGAAUUCUGCAACUCCAAGUGUCAGAGCAAUUGCGUCGAGCACCCGAAGCCCCCUGGCGGCUCCGAGACUGGGCGAACAUUGUCCAGAGGCAUGUUCACAUAUGAUCACCAGCGUAUCUUAUUAUUAACAAAAUGUCACGAGACGCUGCCCGGGGACUUGCCGUUGGACGCCCUCACGCAUGUCAACUAUGCGUUUGCUUAUAUUCAUCCAGUCUCAUUUGCAAUUACCACCAUGGACGCUGCCACACCUGGCUCGCUGUUUAUAGAAAUGGCCAAGUUGAAGACAGCCAAGCCCAGUCUGCAAAUCUGGCUCAGCAUUGGUGGAUGGACCUUCUCGGAUGACAACACGCCCACGCAACCCGUCUUUGGAAACAUUGCGCGUGAGAAAAGAUACAGAGAAAUAUUUGCGAACAACGUACUCUCCUUUUUGCAGACCUAUGGAUAUGAUGGUGUCGACAUUGACUGGGAAUACCCGGGCGCACCCGAUCGUGGCGGAAAGCCUGAUGAUGUAGACAACUUUGUCCUUUUGCUCAAGGAGAUUAGAGCUGUGUUUGACCGGUCGGGACGUAAUCUUGGCAUCUCUCUCACCAUACCCGCGUCAUACUGGUACCUGAAGUGGUUCGACCUACCUGGCUUGCUCGAGUAUGCCGAUUUCGUCAACCUGAUGAGUUAUGAUCUUCAUGGAGUCUGGGACAGCAACAAUCCCAUCGGUAGUAGGGUUCUUGCGCAUACAAACUUGACUGAGAUUGCCCUUGCAGCAGAGCUUCUGUGGCGAGUGGGCGUCAAACCUUCGCAAGUCUCUCUAGGAUUCGGCUUCUACGGCCGCGCCUUUACACUGCAAGACUCCUCCUGCACCAAACCGGGCUGCCCGUUCAAGGAAGGUGCCCGUCCCGGUGUCUGCACCGACACCAGCGGUUACCUUGCCUACUACGAAGUGCAAGAUAUUUUGCAAAAGAACCCCGACAUCAAAUUUAUCCACGACAAGGAAGCUGCAGUCAAAUACAUGGCAUGGGACAAGGACCAGUGGAUUUCAUUUGAUGAUGCAGACACCUUUAAGCAGAAAGUCGAAUGGGCGGACAAAAUCGGCUUUUCUGGAUCGUUGAUCUGGGCAUCAGACUUGGACGACUACACAUGGAGCGCACACAAGGCUCUCUUGGGUAGGGAGGUAGCCAGCAACAACGACAUCUCGGAUCCGCUAGUUCGACGAAUGCUACCGGGACACACAUACGAGGAAUACUCGACGGAAGCAUGCUACCGCCACAAGGACUGCGCAGAUGUGAAUAAUCCAAUGGUAUCAGGGUGCGCCAGUGGCUACUUUAAUGCUGGCUACGACGUUUCCGACUGUGGUGACGACAAGAAGGUCAAGCUAACUUGGCUCAUAUUCUUGAGCUACUGCAAGUAUGCGAAGCGCAUCUGCUGCCCUUCCAGCAACGAGCCAAAGUACUGCGUCUGGCGCGGCCGUCCCGAUCUGAUUGGUGACUGCAACGGCCAGUGCCAAGAAGGCGAGAUGACGGUCUUUGAGUCAAAACGAGGCGGCAAAUCCGAGCUUGGCGACAAGGAGGACGAGAGCCGGGACAACAAAAAGUGCAAGCGAGGCUUGAAAACAUUUUGCUGCGGCGCGCGCCGUUUCAUCAAAGAAGAUGGAACCUGUCGCUGGACAGAAUGCAAUGAGAAAUGCUCCAGUGACGAAAGCGAGCUUGCCAAAGUGACGCAGUACGAAGACAAGGACAAGGGCAUCAAGGGCUGCAACUGGUACAAGGACAGCCAGCGGUACUGCUGCAAGAAGGGUCACAACGACGUGACGGCGUUCGAGUACUGCAAUUGGGUAGGUCAGGGCGACUGCGCAGAGAAUCGCUGCAGCGGUUCGGAAGUCACUGUCCACACGAGCUCGGUCGGCGAAAAUGGCUGGAAAGCAUGUCUAUGUAAGAGAUAUCCCAAGCAGCAGUCUUGGUGGGCUCAUGUUGCUAACCAUACGUGUUGUCGCAACCAAGGGAAUCGCAAAAAGUCGCUCUGCUGCUCGCCAAACCCCAAGUUUGACAUGCAGAGUAGCGCGACCAUGUGUUCAGACAUCAGUUCAUGCGGAGACAAUUUUGAAUUCUGCGAUAAACCAGACGUGGAGGAGGUACCCGACGACGAGGAUGAUGAUUCUCGGCUUGCUCGCGCAGCUGUGAUUACGGACCUUAGUACCUAUACUUCCACACACCUCCUGGCUCCCAGAGGUGGUUCGAGAACCUACAUCUUCAAGGUUGCAGAGACCGUUCCCCAUCUAGUGAAAAAUCUGGGGCCGAUAAUCGAGAUGAAAUCGGCAGGGUAUCCGUCACCAUCGAAUCUCUUAAAAAAACUGGCAAAGGCGAAUGUAUCGGCCCAAGCGUACAAAAUGGCAGGGGGACUGUGCGUGAGGCCGAGCCUCGAGAAACUGAAGGCCUCGGAUCUAGUAGCCUCGACUUCUCCGCUUCUGCAACAAUUCAAGCUGCAAGUGGAGCAUCGAAUAGAUCUGCAGGUCCUUCCCAAGUUCUUCAAUACUGCCAUGACGCGUGUUCUACCAUCGGGCAGCGUCGUUACCACCAAACUAGGUUUCGAUGCCUUGAAGCUCGGCCAAAAAUGGAACCAGGAAAUGACUGGCAAAUUACCCGAUCUCACGUUACCUAGAAACGCUUUACACAGCAUCAAUAACCGCAUGUUCUCCCUCAUGGGAAGCAAUCAGAACCUUGAUCCGUUCCUCCUCCUCCCGGAUAGGAUGAAUAACAAAAAGGGCAACUUGUUCAACUUGUUCACGUUUCUUUCAAAUAACGCGAUGCAGAACGUUAUGAAGAACAAGACUGAUCCCGUCACAAACGCAGAGAAAUUGCUGGCCGCGGUGUACGAGAUCCCCGGGAUAUACCAGUAUAUUCAGUUGCCUGAGUACACAAAGGGAGCCCUUGGUAUCCUCAAUGGGUUAAGCUCCGAGGCUGGGGUGGGGGAAGCGCAAUGGGGCCUGAAGGGUUUCCAGGAGCUGUGGCACGAGUUUCUGGCCGAUUACUUCAAGUACGCCACCAAGAUGGGCUCGUUCCACUAUGAAAAUGUCAUCACUGGAGCCAUCAAUGCCAUCACGGAUCCCAAGUACGGAGUGCCGCUUGAGUCGCUAGCCAAGUAUAGUGGAGAGCUUCGGGAACUGAGGGGAUGGGCGUCAAACCUGACUCUGGAGCAUCUGAUUCCAAAAAAGUAA